UCGUGUGCAGUGGCUGUGGCGGCGGCAGCGGCGGAGCUCAGCACGAUGUCUCAUACCAUUUUGUUGGUACAACCUACCAAGAGGCCAGAAGGCCGAACUUACGCUGAUUACGAAUCAGUGAAUGAAUGCAUGGAAGGAGUUUGUAAAAUGUAUGAAGAGCAUCUGAAGAGAAUGAAUCCCAACAGGCCCUCCAUCACAUAUGACAUCAGUCAGUUGUUUGAUUUCAUUGAUGAUCUGGCAGAUCUUAGCUGCCUUGUGUACCGAGCGGACACUCAGACAUACCAGCCCUACAACAAAGAUUGGAUCAAAGAGAAGAUCUAUGUGCUUCUCCGUCGGCAGGCCCAACAAGCCGGCAAAUAAUUCAAGUGGCAGCCUUGGGGGGAUGGGGGGAGGGCUUGGAAAACAGGCGUGUACAGCGUGCUGUAGUGGGAGCUUUGUAUUAUAGAAGUCCUGUUUCCAUUUUGUUACAAUCUAGCCAAGGUCGAAUGUAUUAGAAGAUUUUUGUCUCAUUCAAUCUGAAGCCCCUGGCCCUCCCUACUUUCUUUUUCUUUUUUACGAAGAAGUAGCUGAAAAUUUCUCUUUGGUCAGUUAGCACUUGGUUACAGUUCUUCCAGCUGUUCAUAUCUGCUUAUAAUGUUCACUGUACUCACCCUUCUGUGUGAGGAUUUUCCAGAAUUUAGUUAGGUCCUCAAAAUUCAAAGGCUUAGUAGAAAAUACAGUAAAUGUUCUUUAGUUAAUCU